UGUCAUCAAACCCUUAUAAGUUCAUAAAAGAGGGAGAUGAAGUGAAGAUCUCUUGUUCAGCUAGUCAUUCACCGCUCCGUUAUAAACUUCAACGGGCAAAGGAUAAUGUAUUUUUGCUGGAGAGCUUGAAUGGAGAGUUCAUUUUACGAAAAGUCACUAGAAUCACCAGUGAUCUGUACGUCUGUUUUCCUGAAUGGGACUCAUUAGCCAAAAUUCAGCAAGGUUUUAACACUACUAUGGAACUGACUGUGAAUUUCCUUGACAGCAUUGAAUGUAACAUCAGCAGCCCUUUAAAAGUCACUGCUGGUGAAGAUGUGGCGAUAUCUUGUAAAGCAAAAGCUUCUCAGUCCUUGCAGUACAAGUGGAUGAAGGGUGACACAACAGUGUCUUCAUCUGACACUUUGUCUCUGACUUCUGUGACUCUGGAUCAGUCAGGAACAUAUAAACUGACAGCUGCCUUUCAGAAUAAUCAACUCCAGACUGACAUGGAGUUUGCUAUCCAUGUUCUCACAAAAACAAGUGAGGGAACUACAGUGCAGACCACACGUUCCAUAGUAAGAAGCUUCAGCACUGCAUUUCCAUAUCUCAGUCAAACCAGCAAACAUCUGAGCAACUUGACUUCAGUGGAGAGCAGCUCAUGGAAAACUGUGACAACAACAGAAUCUGGCUACUCACUGACAAGCACAGCAAAACCAUACGCAACUGUGACAACCCUUGAACUCAAUGGCAGGUCUUUUGCUCCUCCUGUUGGCAAUGCAUCCACAUUACAUGCAACCACUUCAAAUUCUACCCACACCUUAUAUACAGUCAAUCUGAGCACAAUGCCAUCAACAACCAGAAGCAAAGUAUUAACAUCUGCUUUCCUGAGGAAAAACAUGACCACCAACUCUACAGUGAGUGGCACCAGAGUGACAAAACCAAAAGCCUCAAAAAGCGCUGCAUAUAUCACUGUUCCUAUUGUGUUGCUGUUGCUAGUGUUGAUUAUGCUUCUAUAUAGAAGACAUCUCAACCAGAAAAGAAUGGAUAUGCCACCCCCAUUCAAGCCUCCUCCACCACCAGUGAAGUACACAUCAGUAAGGAACCAGGAAGUCAGGAUGACUGAUAUUCUAGUUUGACUGUCUCAUGCACUUUAGUGCCACCCACAGACUGUGGGCCAAAAAUGUACUGACUGUAAAAAACAAAAAACAAAUUCAGACUUAGAAUUUUGUUACAUUUGAAUGAUGAGCGGGAGUGCGAGAUAAAGUGGAGCCAGAGGUGCCAGUUCAAAAGAGAGAGAGAUGCACGUAUGUCUGUCCAUUUGUUUAAGUUUGUUUUAUGUUAAGUUUCUGAUUAAAAUUUACGUUGACUGUUCAGCCGGUUCCCGCCUCCUCCUUGCCAAUCCCUUACCCUUUUACAUUGGUGCCGAAUUCCUGGAGGGAGGAGGGAUGUGCUGUCACUGAGGUUUUGUGCACAAAUUAACUUAGUAACUUUAACUUGGUGUUGCACAGAUACUUAUAUAUUUUUAAUUGUCUCUCAAGCUUUUUUUACUGAAAUGUGUGAAAGUUCAAAAAUUAGUUACAUGAAAGUGGAGGUGGGGUCAAAAGCCUGGCGAAGAGUGAAAGCCCCUACAGAACAUUUUUAAGUUUAAUCAGCAAAUCAACUAUUAUUUGCAAUAUAACAUUUUUGCAUUCAAAUACAAUUACAGUACAGCUGCAAAUACAAUGUAUAUGUUUUUUUCUCGUAGCAUUGCAUGCUACAAGUAAAACCCAGUCUACAUGCUAACAUUGGUCUCCUGUGGUUGCCUUUUCUGUGGUUAAAGUGAAGGCUAUCUGUGGCAUAAUGUCUGUUAACAAAUCGAAGGCUACAACAAUGCUUAAUUUUUCAGGCCCCAUAAAACCUCAGCUUUCAUCUCAGAUAGAUGAGAAACCAGCUGCCACAUCAGAGUGACCAACAGAGACGGUGCUAUCCUCAACUUUGCGGGCCAAAUAUGGCCUCAAAGUUUUUAAUCAACAAAAGCAAAAGUGUUGACAGUGGCAACUCAGUACUCUGGUCACCAUUUUCAAUAAUCACUUUCAAUAAAGGCAGAAAAGAAAUAUCUUUGUUUAUAAGGUGGUUAUAAACUUAGACAGCAUUGCAGUUUUAUACAUGUGUUUUACACAAAAUUCUGCAUUUGAAAAUGUGGUUUCUUUUUAAAACAAGCCUUCAUUGAUUGUUGAAAGAACAUUGUUAUUAAAAGAAUAUUCUGUGUUCAAUAUAAAUUAUGUUCAAUC